GCGUCUGCAAAAAUAUGAACUUGAUUUUGAUCUUUUUUAAAGAGCUGUAAAUAUGACAUUGCAAACAAGAGCUCUUCAAGACAAGAGAACAUGUCGAAUUUUCUUUUCGUCCCCAUUCGGUGGUAUGGAGGACGAAAGGGGAGAACUGACAAGGCGUUACUUCCCAAAAAUACACCACCUUUGUAGCUUACAUGGUAUUCAGUUUGUUGCAGUUGACAUGAGAUGGGGAAUAACAUCAGAAGCAUCUAGUAGUGCUCAAGUCAUAAACAUAUGCCUAAGAGAACUAGACAGAUCAGACAUAUUUGUUGGUUUUUAUGGACAGAGGUAUGGUUGGUUUGGUGCUGAAGACAAAGCUUUACAAGAAAACUUUGAUAAUGCUGUACAACAAUAUCCAUGGUUAGAUCAAUACAGAGAUAAAAGUGUUACAGAAUUGGAAUAUCUUCAUGGUCAUUUGAAUAACCCUGGUGAUAUGCCUGCAGUAAUAUGCUUUAGAGAUAAGGCUUAUGAUGACAUAAAAAGACAAGAAGGUUCAGACAUUGGUGAUAAGAAGCAAGUUUUUAAAUAUUCAGCAGAGAGUGAAUUAUCUACACAAUUAAUGGAUGAUUUAAAGAAAAGGAUACAAGAAACAAAAGAGAAGACACUUGGUGUAUAUAUGAAUUACAAGACACCAGCUGAGGGUGCAGAACUCAUGUUCAAUGACAUAUGGAAAUAUUUAACAGAAGUCCUUUUAAAAGAUGCAAGGGUUGAAUCUAAAUCAAGUCGGAUUAAUUCUGAACAUGAUGCUUUCCUGUCAAGCAGAAGUUUACUAUAUGUGGGGAAUGAAAGUUAUAUACAGAAGCUUACAGCUAAUAUUAAUUCAGAGAACCCAGUAUGGUAUGCUAUAACAGGACCUGCAGGAAGUGGCAAGUCCUCACUGUUGUCCCAUUGGUUGAAACAGAUAAAGUCUGAUGCUACCUACUCUGAUCUGUGUGUUGUUUAUCAUUUUGUUGGUGCUGCAGAGGAGAGUACAGAUAUUAAAAGUAUGCUGGGUAGGUUAAUACAAGAAUUGAAUAAUCAGGCAGGAGACAACAUAGAGAAAGACCAGAAGAAAGUACCUGAACAGAUGGUGGAACGAGUGAAUGAGUUUGUUGUUUGUUUAGAGAGAGUCAUAAGCAUUGGGAAAACACCAGUUUUGGUUAUUGAUGGAGUUGAAAAAAUCAAAAAGUCCACCAAAGUAGAGAAGCCACUGUACUGGUUGCCAAAAAAUCUUCCUGCAGGAGUAAGAAUGGUUAUCAGUACAAAAUCAUCAGACCAUGAAAACAUUAAAGAACUGGUUGAGGAAAUGAAAUUUCAACAGAUUGAAAUUUUACCACUGACUGAAUUUGAACAAAAAGAACUAAGUGAAAAAAGUCUGAUGCAGAGUGGUAAGCAACUUUCGCCACCUCAGAUGGAGAGGAUAGUAGCUGCUGAGGAGACAAAGAACCCACUCUACCUCAAAACUACACUAAAUGAAUUAGUUGUAUUUGGUUAUUUUAGACUGUUGGAUAAGAAAAUUGAUUCCUUGAUUUCAUGUCCAAGUGUCGUUGACUUAUUUGACAAAGUUUUAGAAAGACUAGAAGAUGAUUAUAAUGUGAAAGAAUAUGCAGGAAAUUUAGUGGAACAGGCAUUAUGCUCCAUUUGUUUGUCAAACCAAGGAUUGUCAGAGACAGAUAUCAAGGCAAUCUACAACAUACCAGCCCAUAUUUGGUCAUCACUAUACUUUGCUUUACGAACAUACAUUAUAGAACAGAAUGGAAUAAUUAGAUUUGCAUUCACUGAAUUAGAAGAAGCAGUUUCAAAAAGAUAUUUAAGGACAAGCAAGAACAGGGAAAGAUGCCUUUUGAAUCUAAUACAAUACUUUGAAAGUGAAAAAGAGAAACUACCUCCUGUAUUUGAUCAUGAUAAAGUUCUAGAGAGCAAACUGGCACAUGAGCUACCGUGGCUGUACUUGAAGUUAAAUGACAUUGAUGGCUUACAGAAGUCACUUUUAGAUCUUAAGAUAUUCAAUGUGUUAUACAAUGACUGUAUGUCAGAUAUGAUAGAACUUUGGGAUAAAACAGAAAAUAAAUGGUCAGAAAUCGGGGAAAUGUACAUGAAACAGAUUGAUUUAUUAUUGGUGGAUUUCCAUCGUUGGAUUGAAGCUAGCAUGAUGGAGGAUGCUGAGACACCUGGCAUCAUGUUAAUGAAUACGUCGGUUCUGGAUAAUUUAGCCAGCAUGAUAAAGAACAGGUCAGAAAAUGCAGCUCUAAAAUUUACUGAACGACAUGCAAAGAUUUCUAUUCAUAGCAUAGAGACUUAUCCUCAUAGGUUUAAAAAACAUGACAAAGAUACUAUACUAAAUAGUUUAGCAAACCAGUAUGCUGAUGCAGGAAAAUUCAAAGAAGCAGUUGAAUUGCAUCGGAAAGUCUUAGAAGUAAGAAAAAAGAAAUAUGAAGAUGAUCCAACUGAGGAAAAUAUUGAUAACUUAGAAAGAUCAUACCACGGAUUAGGAACUGCUCAUCUAAAGAUGCAUAAAUAUGAACAGGCUGAUGAAUAUUUAAAAAAGUGCAAGGAUAUAAUGGAUAAAAAUCCUGGACCAUUUACUAAAAAUGACAGGGCAGUCUUGUUAAUGAAUCUGGGUGUCUUGUGUUUAGAAACAGACAGAUAUGAAGAUGCUUUGGACUACAACCUUCAAUGUUUAAAGCUAUACGAGGAAAUAUAUUUUGGGCAUUUACCUGAAGCUGUAGGCCAACAUCUGACAAACCUUGGACUGUGUUAUCGUAAGCUAAACAAUUUGGAUGAAGCUGAGAAAAUGUAUAAAAAGUCAAUAGAGGUAAAGGUCAAUGCUAUAGGUUAUUACACACUUGAUGUAGCUAUGACGUACAUGAAUUUGGGAGUUUUAGAAACUGUGAAGGAAAAUCCAGCAGGAUCUUAUGAGUAUUGUAAGACAGCUCUUGAAAUAUAUGAGAAUAUUGGACUACCUGAGUCAGGUAUGGAAUAUAUGAUGUGCAGAGAGAACAUGGUUCUUGCAUUGAAAAGCUUAGAUCGGAUGGAGGAGGCUCUAACAACAUACAGGCCAUUUUUUAAGAUAGCUGUUGACCAUGAACUGUUGUAUGUUACAUUUCCACGUACACAUAACUUUAUUGCCGAGUACUUAAUACAGAAAGAAUUGUAUGAUGAAGCUGAGGACAUCCUUUUAAAAAUGUUGGAUACAGAAAAACUAGAUUCUAAAUAUUUCAUUAACUUACACAAAAUAGACGUUGCUAAAAGUAAAAGCCAGGCAACAGAAAGGGAGCAUAGAUAUACAAUUGAAUAUGGAUUGGAGUUGUUUCCUCAUGAUUAUUAUAUCCUUGAAUACUUGAUAAGAGAUGUGUAUAUACCGCAAAAUGAAGUCGACAAAUGUGUUGCUCUUUUGGAGUCCAACACAAGCCAUUUCAAUGUUUUAGGACUGUACGACACUGUUAAUCAGUGGUUUAAUUACUCUGGAAAAGGAACAGUUGGAAUGUUAAUUCAGAUUAAUUUAUCAGCAUUGAAAUAUAUGCCUGAAAAUGCUCCUUUUCGUAAAAACGUGGCAGUUCAUUACCAAGUACUGAAGGAUAAUGAGAAAGCUCUACCACAUUUUAUCAAGAUAUUGGAGCUAGAGCCUGAUGAUCCACAAAACAUGUUCUGGGUUGCAAAGUGUAGCUGCCUAUUGGGAGACUAUGAUUUAUCAAAGAAACAUGGUGAAAUGAUUAAAGAGAAGUUUCCUGAUGAUCCAGUCUUAAUACCACAGGUGGACUUAAUAUUAGAUGCUAUAAACCAAGCACAAAGUGGAUUGGUAGAUACAGAUGAAAAUCCUAAAGAGGAAGACAAAAAAUGAGGAGCCUGAAUAAAGUAGAAGUCUUCUGUUAUGAAAUUUACUCCAAUAAUUGAAUAGAGUGGUAGGAUCAACAGAAAUAUGAAACAAUUUAUCAAAAGAUGUUAGCAGACAGUGACUGAAGUUGUAGUUUUUAAGAUGUAAUAGUGAUAUAAUAUCAAGAGUAUACCAGUAAUUUAAUCUAGUGGAACUCUUCUGAGAUGGGAUACCUCUUAUACCUUUGAUAGAGUAGCAAAAUUGAAAUAAUGUUAUCAAUACUGAAUGUAAAUUGAAUCCAAUAGAGAACAGAGGGGCUCGGAGCUCACAAUUAUCUGUAUUUGUGCCAUAAUUAUCUCAUUUUGAUACAUUCCAUUUUGAUCCUUUUAUAUAAAGGAGGAUAUAUUUGCCCAUUCCUUUGAACCCUGAUACAAAUCUAUAUUUGAAAGCCAUACACAUGCUGACCUUAGUUGUCUCAGAAGUAAGCUUGUGUCAUUAUAUCCAAUAUAUAAUGAACAUUAAUGAUUGUUAAUGUGUUUGGUUUUUUUUUAAACUUAUUGUAGAUACUAAUAGUUGCUGUAAUGUUAUUGACGACUGUGUUAGUUUGUAUAAUUAUUACUUUAAUAUGCAUGUAUUUUUAAAAAACUAUUAAAUGAUGAAUUGUAACAAUAUUUCUAUUUUUAUAAACUUUACAAAUAUUAAAAUAGGCCUUAUUACUAUUUGUCUGCCAUUAUUGGACAUCACAGACGUUACCAUAAAAGUUUUCUGUCACAAUAGAGAUUGUUUGACGCAACAAAGGAAAAGUGGUUAUUAUAUGAAGUGUCAAACAUUCUCGGGUCAAGUGUUACAGAUAUCCAAAUAGUGAUAAGGUCUAUGUUUUGAAUAUGGAAAAAUAUUGGUUUUUUGUUUUGGGUUUUUUUUUCAGGUUAUAAUUUUGAUAUUUCACUGUAUGAUUUACUGGUUAAAUAUUCAUUAAACAUCCAUUUUUAAUAUAUUAACAUUUAAUUUAUCAUGUAUAAUGCAAAGAAGUUUAAAUCUAGGAAAAGUACAAUUUUUUUCACAUUUUUUUCUCACAUAUAUACUGUUCACUUCCUUUUUAUAACUGUACAACUGAAGGUAAAGCUCAAUUUUAAAUCUGUUGUGUAUACAUUUUUUAUACUUAUAGUUUAGUUUAACUAGUACUUUUUUAUAACUAACAUAAUAGACUCUAAUAGACAUUGCUGUAUGUGGUGUUUUUUUUUUUAUUAUUUGACUCAAAUUUAGUUAAAUGGUAUAAUUCUCCAUUUAAGAAAUCUGUGAUUUCUAAACCAUAUGCAAACAUAAGCACAUCAUGAUAAGUUAAAACUUGUUAGAACUAUACAUAUAAAUAAUGUAUCCUUUGAACUCUGAUAUUGCAAAUGUACAAGAAUCUGAUAUAUCUUUACUUUUUGCUUUUAUAUUUUUAUAAAAAAUACAAAUAUUAAAUUGUGUUCAAUUAACAAGAUAUCAGCACACUUAAAGAUAUUGUCAAAGAUUUGAGUUACUGUGACUUUACUGUUAGUGUUGCUCUCAACCAAUUGCAAUUUAUUCAAAAUUCUGACCAAAUUGCAAUUUGUUUUAUAAAACCAAACUGUUCAACUGGUCAGAAAAAUUGAUCAAACUGCUGUAGAAAACCACAGUCAAGUCGUGAAAGUGCAAGGUGAUAAAAUAAAGCAUACUUACAAUUCUAUAAGACUUUAAUUCCACAUCAAUGUUAUUAUGAAAAAUCAGUCUAACAGUUUGUAUAGAAAUUUUAUUGUUAUUGUCAUGCUAAAGGUGAUGGGUAGUAAUUUUGAAUUGCUAUAAAAAUG